AUGGCUCGCCGUCCUGCUCGUUGCUACCGAUACUGCAAGAACAAGCCGUAUCCCAAGUCUCGGUUCAACCGUGGUGUCCCCGACCCCAAGAUCCGCAUCUUCGAUCUGGGCCGAAAGCGCGCCAACGUCGACGACUUCCCUCUCUGCAUCCACCUCGUCUCCAACGAGUAUGAGCAGCUGAGUUCCGAGGCCCUCGAGGCCGCCCGUAUUUGCGCCAACAAGUACCUCGUCAAGCACACCGGUAAGGAGGGUUUCCACCUCCGUGUCCGCGCCCACCCCUUCCACGUCGUCCGUAUCAACAAGAUGUUGUCUUGCGCUGGUGCCGAUAGACUGCAGACUGGUAUGCGUGGUGCCUGGGGCAAGCCCAACGGCACUGUUGCCCGUGUCAACAUUGGUCAGAUCAUCAUGAGCGUCCGCACUCGUGACUCUAACCGUGCUCUGGCUCUUGAGGCUCUCCGACGAUCCCAGUACAAGUUCCCCGGCCGACAGAAGAUCAUCAUCUCCAAGAACUGGGGUUUCACUCCUCUCCGCCGCGAGGACUACCUCGAGCGCAAGGCUGCCGGCCGUGUCAAGGUCGACGGUGCUUACGUUCAGUUCCUCAGCAACCACGGUUCCAUUGAGCAGAACAUUCGUCGUUUCCCCGACGCUUUCUCGUCCGAGGCGUAA